CGAUAAGAGGCGAGAGAUGGCCGGCAAUACAACGCGCACCUCAUUGAGUUCAUCGCUCUGUCGUCGUGCCUGCUUCGCCGAUGGGCUCCGCCGCUCCACCACCGGUAGCUCCUUCUCCGACCAAGUACUUCUGGGGCGACGAGCCUGGGGAGGAGGAGUAUUACUUGUCCCAGGGCGUCCGCAAUCAGCAAACCUACUUCCAGAGCCCCCAUGGCCGCCUCUUCACUCAGUCCUUCCUCCCCGUCGAUCCCACUACCGGUGAGCUACGCCCCGUCAAGGCCCUCGUCUUCAUGACCCACGGAUACGGAUCUGACUCCGGCUGGCUCUUUCAAAAGUUCGCCAUCGCCUACUCGAAUUGGGGCUACGCCGUCUACUGCGCCGACCUCCUCGGGCACGGAAGGUCUGACGGCGUCCGCUGCUACCUCGGCGACAUGGAAGCCGUUGCCACUGCCUCCCUCUCCUUUUUCCUCUCCGUCAGGAGGGAAUUCCCCCAUCUUCCGGCGUUCCUUGUCGGCGAGUCCAUGGGCGGGGCCGCCACCCUCCUCAUGUACCUGCGGUCCCCUGACAGGAGCACGUGGACGGGGCUCAUCUUCUCCGCCCCGCUCUUCGUCAUCCCCGACGACAUGAAGCCCUCCCGCAUCCACCUCUUCCUCUACGGGCUCCUCUUCGGGCUCGCCGACACGUGGGCCGCAAUGCCGGACAACAAGAUGGUCGGAAAAGCCAUCAAGGACCGCGACCGCCUCCGCGUCAUCGCCUCCAAUCCCCGCCGUUACACCGGACGCCCCCGCGUGGGCACCAUGAGGGAGCUCGCCCGCCUCUGCGAGUACUUCAAGCUCCACUUCGCCGAGGUCACCGCGCCGUUUCUCACCGUCCACGGCACGGACGACGGCGUCGCAUCGCCGGAGGGGUCCAAGGUGUUCUACGAGAAAGCAUCCAGCGCCGACAAGAAGCUCAUCCUCUACGAGGGCAUGUACCACUCCCUGAUCCAGGGCGAGCCGGAAGAUAACAGCAGUCGUGUCCUAGCCGACAUGAGGGCUUGGAUCGACGAGCGUGUCGAACGCUACGGCGCCGCCACCACGAACGGGAACUCCGGCGACAAGGAAUGGAACCGGUGAAUUAAACUAAACAUGUUUAAUUCGAUCGGUUCGGAAUUUUAGAUCUUUGUUUUCGUUAUUGUUCUUACAUGAUUCGAUAUAAUGUCUGAUGAGGAAUUAUAUUUGUCUCCCUUUUUAAGUAAAACUUUUGGUGCUUGAUGAUUCA